CCCAGAGCCGGAGCCGGAGCCGGAGCCGCAGCCUCUGCCCCAUGGCCCGGACCCCGCGCCGCGCCGCCCGCCGGCGGCUGCAGCUGCCCCUGCUCUGCCUCCUCCUCCAGGGCGCCACCGCCAUCCUCUUUGCGGUGUUUGUCCGCUACGACCACGAAACCGACGCUGCCCGCUGGCACGAGGGCAACCACAGUAACGCGGACAAUGAAUUUUACUUUCGCUACCCAAGCUUCCAGGAUGUGCACGCCAUGGUGUUCGUGGGCUUCGGCUUCCUCAUGGCCUUCCUGCAGCGCUACGGCUUCAGCAGCGUGGGCUUCACCUUCCUCCUGGCGGCCUUUGCCCUGCAGUGGUCCACGCUCGUCCAGGGCUUCCUGCACUCCUUCCACGGCAGCCACAUCCACGUUGGCGUGGAGAGCAUGAUCAAUGCUGACUUCUGCGCUGGGGCUGUGCUCAUCUCCUUCGGGGCCGUGCUGGGCAAGACCGGGCCAGCCCAGCUGCUGCUCAUGGCCCUGCUGGAGGUGGCACUGUUUGGCAUCAACGAGUUUGUGCUCCUUAGUCUCCUGGGGGUGAAGGAUGCCGGAGGCUCCAUGACCAUUCACACCUUUGGUGCCUACUUUGGGCUGGUCCUCUCCCGGGUGCUCUACAGGCCCCAGCUGGAGAAGAGCAAGCAUCUCCAGGGCUCCGUCUACCACUCCGACCUCUUUGCCAUGAUUGGUGAGCCUGCCAAGUGUCAGCCCUUUGUCGGGAAGGACGGGCGCCUGGACAUGGUCCACAUCCAGAACGCAGCAUUGGCCGGAGGGGUUGUGGUGGGGACAGCAAGUGAAAUGAUGCUGACACCCUUUGGGGCGCUAGCAGCUGGCUUCCUGGCCGGAACCGUCUCCACGCUGGGGUACAAGUUCUUCACGCCCGUCCUUGAGUCAAAAUUCAAAGUUCAAGACACGUGUGGUGUCCAUAACCUUCAUGGGAUGCCUGGGGUCCUGGGAGCCCUACUGGGGGUCCUUGUGACUGGGCUGGCCACUCAUGACGCUUACGGAGAUGGCCUGCAGAGCGUGUUUCCGCGCAUCGCCGAGGGCCAGCGCAGCGCCACGGCCCAGGCCAUGUACCAGCUCUUCGCGCUGUUUCUCACGCUGACAGUUGCCGCUGUGGGUGGGGGUGUUGGAGGGUGCCUACUAAAGCUGCCCUUUCUGGAUGGCCCUCCAGACUCCCAGUGCUUCGAGGACCGGAUUUACUGGGAGGUGCCUGGGGAGCAUGAAGAUGAAGCCCAGGGACCUCUGAGGGAGGAGGAACUAGACACUCAGGCCUAACUCGCACCAGCCCUUGAAAGGAUGCUCUCCUUUUGGAAGAUAAUGCCUGGCUACGCUUGGGAAGUUCUCCUGUCGCUCCCAUCCUUCCUUCCCGCUGCAAGAAGGAAGUCACGAGUCAGAGGGAGCCUCCUUUCCACAGGCAGCGCUAGGGGAAGGGCUGCAGAAGGCGCGCGAGAUGGUGGAGGAGCAGGGCUAUAACUGGCCCUAUGGGGGGAAGAAUCUCCCAGCAGCCUCACCACCACCACCAGCAGCCACAACCUGCAAGUGAGGCACCCAAGCGGCUGCUGACCCACGGGUCCAGCAUCACACAGUUACAGUGUGAGCCAGGGCCCGGCUCUCCGCGGGCGAUAAACACACGGUCACCAGGGA